UUCUGUUGUUUGUUUUUUUUAAUAUGUGUCAAAACAAUAAAUCUCUCGAGAAAGGAUGUACAGACGGCGUGUCUGCAGGGGGUGACAGAGGAAUGUAAUCAGUCGAAAUCCCCGAUCGAUUGAUGUGCAGUUCAUAAGCACUUUCCCGGUGCAGUUUAAUCGUUCCAGUUUAGUGCGAGUAUCCGUAGAGAUUGGAUUGUUCUGUUGGCUUUAGUGAACGUAUAAUAAGUGUGAAUCGAGUUCGCGAAACAAUUGAGAAGAAUACAUAAUUUGUAAACUCUAACAGUUUUGCAACCAUGAAAUUUACUCCACCGCCAGCGUCACUGCGUACCCCGUUGAAUAUUCCCGAGCGGAUGAUGAUGGGCCCGGGACCAUCGAACUGCUCCAAACGUGUACUGUCCGCCCUGUGCAACACUUCUUUGAGUAACCACCACGCGGAGCUUCUCCAUCUGAUAGACGAUGUGAAGGAUGGGCUGCGGUAUAUUUUCCAAACAGAAAACCGCGUCACAAUGUGCAUAAGUGGUUCGGCACACGCCGGAAUGGAAGCUUUGCUGUGCAAUCUGAUCGAGGAGGAUGAUACAGUCUUGAUUGCGAACAGCGGAACCUGGGCGGAACGAGCGGUUGAGAUGAGCACUCGAUAUGGGGCUGAUGUACGUGUUUUAGAGGGACUUCCCGAUCGGCCAUUUCCACUCCAUGAUUUAAAGAAGGCGAUUGAACUUCAUAGGCCAAAGUGCCUAUUCGUGGUUCAUGGGGAUUCUUCAAGCGGAUUGCUGCAGCCACUGGAAGGACUGGGGAAAAUUUGUCACGAUAACAAUUGUCUGCUGCUGGUUGACGCGGUGGCUAGCGUGUGUGGUGUUCCCUUCUACAUGGACAGAUGGGAGAUUGAUGGUGCGUACACAGGGUCGCAGAAAGUUCUGGGCGCUCCCCCCGGUAUUACACCGAUAUCAGUCAGUCUGAGAGCUUUAAACGUAAUUCGAUCGAGGAAAUCGAAAUCGAAAGUAUUCUAUUGGGAUAUCGUUCAGCUUGGUAACUAUUGGGGAUGCUUCAACGAACAGAGAAGGUACCAUCACACUGUAGCUUCCAAUCUAAUCUACGCACUUCGCGAGGCUCUUGCACAAGUAGUCGAAGAGGGUAUCGAAACUGUUAUUGAACGUCGUAUGGAGUGUGCUCAACUUCUGUAUCAUGGGCUAGCCAGUAUGGGUUUGGAGGUAUUUGUAAAGAAUCCUCAACACCGACUACCAACGGUCACCGGUAUCAUGAUUCCCAACGGCGUAAAUUGUUCGAAGGUCUCUCAGUACGCUCUGAAUAAUUUCUCCCUAGAAAUUCAGAUCGGACUAGGAUCUACGGCUAACAAAGCAUGGCGCGUCGGUAUAAUGGGAGAAUGUUCUACUGUACAGAAAGUGAAAUAUUUCUUAUAUGCAUUCAAAGAAUCACUGAAAGCAACCCAUACCAAUUACGUGUUUGGUGACCAAAAUGGCUAUCACUAGGAGAAAGUAUUUAGGAAUAAAUAAAUAUUUAUAACCCUAGUUAGCUUUACCGGUAUGGUUAGUGAGCGUAGAAUUAUAAUUUCGAAGACCUCGAUAAUGUUAGCUAAAUUACAUUUCCUGUGGCUAUGUCAAAA